ACUUCUCUUCACGUGAUGAUUGUGGCGCUUCUAGUUUUCCCGUCUGGCUGUGGUGCACUAUUGUGAGACCAGCGUGACAAAUAACCUUAAGGACGAUGAAUCCUACAAUAAGCCCAGGGUCAUCAUCAGCUGUUCCUUCUGGGCAUUUUUUACACUGCUCUGUCUUGUCCAGGAAUAUGGGUUGUAGCCACAACAUCAUCCCAAGCUGGAAACGUGAUGUGCCGUGCACACUUCCACGGAUGAAAUCCAGACGCAGAUUGGUGAAUUUCAGUGGUGUACAAAGGUCUCGAUGCCAGUCAGUAUCCCUUGCUUUCAAGCGACAUCUGGAAAGCAAAGAUCAGGAACCCAGUUCUAAACAUUUUCUGUCAGAGGAGAAGAUGGCUGCCCGUUUUAACUCCCUUAGCCUGGAAAACGACCACAUCUAUAGUACUAAUGGCUUCCCUGUUCACAGUGAAAACCCCAGAUGGGAGCAGGCAUAUACACAGUUGAAAGAGCUACAACGGAGGCUGUCUCAAGAUGGAGCAAGUGAUGAAACCAACUGUACAGAAGAAGAGCUGACCACAGUCAUUGUAGACGGUGAAUUCAUGAUGGGAGACUGCCCUAUGUUUGUGCCGUCUUCCUUCACGUUAGAAGGACUCGAAGGAAGCAGCGUUGCCUCUGAAGAAAUGUUUCUUUCUCUGAAUCCUUGUACCGAAGUUGUCCUGUGGAGCCCUCAUAGUAACUCCCUCUUGCGCACCAUCAGGACCCUGAUGGCUCCCCCAUCGGCCCAGCCCCAUCUAGAAGCGGUAGCAAACCAAGAGGAAAUGGAAACAUGAAUCAACAGCCCCAAUUUUAUUUCCCUUUGAAGUCGAAUUCACUUCUCUGUCUGGCUGUGUCUUUCAACAAAAAGCACCUUUAUCAGUUGGUAUAAACAUUUCACUAAAAUAUUUUACUUCACCAUGGCGGCACUUGUGGUUUUCAGCCAGCUGCAAUAAUCUGAUCCUUUCUCUUCCAUCCACAUAAUGUACAGUAUACCUGCAACUAAGUCCAAUAUCUAUAUCACUUUAUUUUCUCUUUCAAUAAGCAAUUAAUGAGUACUUCCCAGGACACUGUAAUAUACUUUUAAAUAAGAGUUACAAUGGGCAUUCUAACCACUUUUAUACUUUAUUAGCACAGAAGUCUUAUUUUUAAUGUCCAUUGAAGUUGGAAGAAUUGUAAGGGUUUUUUUUUUCUUGACUUUUUGCUUCCGAUAUAGAGAACUUGACACUUUUACACUGCCAAAUGUUAUUUGACAGGAGCUGGCAUUAUGAUGAUCUCUUCCUGUUGGUACCUAGGGAGUGGCUAUAAUGGGGAAAUAAAAGAAGCAGUAUUGUUUUUAUAUCUAAAUGUCUUUAUUGAAUAGUGGUAUAUCCUUAACAAGUCUGAUGCCAUUAGAAGUGAGUUAAAAUGAGAUGUUUUAGAUAUCUACAGAGAUGUGUGUGUAUAAAAUAAUGAAGCAAAUGCAUUGCACAGAGGGUCCCAGUGUUGAAAGGGGACAGAGUCUGUCUGUAAUACCUCAGAGUUGGGAAUCAUACGUUGACAACUUAGCAGCUGAAUCCGGAUAUAAUUUCAUAUUCCUAUAUUAAAAUUUAUGCUGCCAUUUCUUAUUUUGUUCCUCAGUUUCUGGAGGUAAACCGGAAUGACUGAAUGAUACCCCAAUUAUAGCUGCAAAGGUUACAAAGUCCUUUUUUAAACCUACUACAUGGACAGUUGGCUAUUUUCUCCCACCAUUUGGAUUGAAGGAGAGGGCUAAUUGAACAGAAAAUUCCAAAUCCUAAGAGAAAAGCAAAGUAGCUUGGUCCUAAAUCAUUCCUACCUAGAGUAAUCAGAGCAAGCCUAGAGAGACGAGAAGGAAAACUCUCAAUACAAUCAGCUGGGAAAUUCUGACGCAUUUUGCUUGUGUUUUUUCCACUUCCUCCUAUUAUGAUGUAAACUGUGGCACAGCUCCAGAACCUGAAAGAGCUUGCUCCAAAAUAAUCUAAUGCCCACCUUCUCCCUCACCCUGCAGCCGUCUUACCAUGACUUAAAUUUGAAUACCAGUUGAAUUCCAACUAUCAGACCACAAGUGGAGAAAUAAAAUACAAGGAGUAAACAAAGUUGUAGAGAAAGGCUUUUUUUCAGUUAUGGGGAGAAGGACAAUUUCCUUGGGCUCAGCUACGCCCCACGUCCUCUUUUAUUCACCUUAAUGAUUUCAGUAGUCUUUUUUUUUUUAAUGCUGCUCAGUACUUCCCACCCACCCCCCACACCCCCUUUUUGUAAGUACAGCCUACAACUCCCGCAACCUAUCAUCAGGCAGGGAAAGCAAUGCUUCAGUUUGUGUUUCUAUCCCCACAACUCAACUUCCCCAGCGAAGAGAAACAAGAAUUCCAGGGCUAGGAGGAUUCAUACUGGUUCUCCUGCCCUUCCUAUCAAGAUCCAAAAGCCCUUCCCCC